UUUUUGAGUCCGUGGAUUCUCUAGAAGACUAGAACACAGAUUUGGGCGCGGCUAGAUUAUUCAUGCCAAGAAUAUAACACGGGCACUACAUAGUAGCUCUUCACGCCGACAACCCCCAUAUAUACUUUUCUCCAACCUUCCAUCUGCCUUGUCUUUAUUUGAUCACGAUUAUCUCUUCCUCUCUGUCUAAAAGCUCGAAAGUUUUCUAAUUUUCUUUUUGAUCACUGUAAGGAACUGAUAUGGCGACCAAGAGGAGCGUGAGCACUCUGAAGGAGGCGGAUUUGAAGGGGAAGAAGGUUUUGGUGAGGGUCGAUCUAAACGUGCCUUUGGAUGACAACCUCAGCAUCACCGAUGACAACAGAAUCCGUGCUGCUGUCCCCACCAUCAAGUAUUUGCAGUCUCAUGGCGCUAAACUCAUCCUCUGCACUCACCUCGGACGACCAAAGGGUGUCACACCUAAGUACAGUCUGAAGCCCCUUAUUCCAAGGCUGUCAGAACUUCUUGGACUUGAGGUCAAGAUGGCAAAUGACUGUAUCGGUGAGGAAGUCAAGAAGAUUGUGGAUGAACUUCCAGAAGGAGGUGUUUUGCUCCUUGAGAAUGUGCGGUUUUAUAAGGAGGAAGAGAAGAACGACCCAGAAUUUGCAAAGAAGCUGGCUUCUCUUGCAGAUGUCUAUGUGAAUGAUGCAUUUGGCACUGCCCACAGGGCCCAUGCUUCCACGGAAGGAGUGGCUAAAUACUUGAAACCAGCUGUUGCUGGAUUCCUCAUGCAGAAAGAACUGGACUAUCUUGUUGGAGCUGUAGCAAACCCCAAGAGGCCAUUUGCCGCUAUUGUUGGCGGUUCAAAGGUGUCAACCAAGAUUGGAGUGAUAGAAUCCUUGUUGGGGAAGGUUGAUCUCCUUUUGCUGGGUGGAGGGAUGAUGUUUACCUUUUACAAGGCGCAAGGAUAUUCAGUUGGGUCUUCCCUCGUGGAGGAAGACAAGCUGGAUCUUGCAACAUCCCUAAUGGAGAAGGCCAAGUUGAAAGGGGUGUCUCUACUGCUUCCAACUGAUGUGGUUAUUGCUGACAAAUUUGCUGCUGAUGCUAACAGCAAGGUUGUUCCAGCAUCUAGCAUUCCGGAUGGGUGGAUGGGUUUGGAUAUUGGACCUGAUUCCAUCAAGACAUUCAGUGAAGUUCUGGAUACUACCCAAACCAUCAUCUGGAAUGGACCUAUGGGUGUGUUUGAGAUUGAUAAAUUUGCUGUCGGAACAGAGGCGAUAGCCAAGACGCUGGCAGACCUGACUGCCAAGGGAGUGACAACAAUCGUUGGAGGAGGCGACUCUGUUGCAGCUGUGGAGAAGCUUGGGCUUGCUGAGAAGAUGAGCCAUAUCUCAACUGGAGGUGGUGCCAGCUUAGAGCUUCUUGAGGGGAAAUCACUCCCUGGUGUCCUUGCUCUUGACGAUGCCUGAGUUUAAGAUGUGUGUGCCCGUUCUCAUUUUUCUCGUGCAUUUUUAGUGCUGUUAUGGUUGGUUUUUCAACCUGAGUGAUGUCAAAAUAGAUCCUAUCUUGUAGAGGGUAUAGGUAGACUGGAAUAAAUGGUAUCUUUUUUGAGCAUCAUUAGGGAUAUGCUGAUGCACCGUCUUGGAUUGAAUCCUUUUUGGAACAAUGUUGUUGAUUUAAGGGCACGAGUUUGCUUGAUGCCCGCUUAAUCUACAGUAAUAACUUUUGCCGAUUA